AAGCUCAACACGAUUCAUUCCGUGAUUCCCGUGUGUGUAACUUCUGCGUUGUACCUCCGCGAUCCGUGGACAUUUUCCCUUCGGUGACUAACUUUCUUUUCGUGCUUGUUGCGUUCGAUAUAAUUUUGUGCAUUCCGUUUCUAAUAAUAAUUACGGUUUAUGGUUCGCAUUACGUUAUUUUCUCGGCGGAACCGCAACACGAUGGCGUUCAUGGCAAGAUUAUUCAUGUUGCUGGCCAUCGCAGUCUCCAUAUUGCAGGCAGGAGCCAAUGAGCUCCCCGAAGAAUUUCCACCAGGACAUGAACAAGGCAAUCAUAUUCAUGCUGUCUUGCAAAGAAUCAGAGAUGCCUGUCCACCAUUUGGACACUCGGACAACAGAUUUGACGUAACGGUGUUGGGCACUAUAUCGCCGGAGAUAGGCGGAUGUGCUUCUAUGACACCAUCAACCCAGGAUUUUGUACCAUCGUUUAAUUUGUGGCUGGGUAGUCCAAAAACCGGUGGUGGAAACUGCAACGAGAAAAAUAUGGACCACUACAUAUUUGAGUGUAUGGCAAAACACCCGUUUUUCACAGAGAAAGACACACUAGAGGGCUGGUAUGUAAUGCUAUACGACCAGACUACCCGAUGGACCGGAAGUCAAGACUACCGAUGUGCUUUAUACAAAACGGUUAAUGAAGACCCACCAAUGAUCCAGAUGGUGAUUAGUGGGAACCAAUCGUGCAAGGGUCUAUCGAAAAGGAUGGAACAGUCUGAGUAUGCGGUUCCCGAGGGGUUCCGACAAUUCACCGAUGGAUCGAUAGCUAUUCUUUUUAGUAGAGACAUACCACCAACGCCCGUGUGGAGGAAAAAGCGUUCAGAGGAACAGGGCCGUGGAUGCAGGUUUCCAGAUUGGUCACAAGGAUCAUGGACAGAUUUAAAAGUAGAUGAAAGCCUGGUAAGCUACGAACCUACCUUCCAUGAGAAAGACGACGUUGACUACUUUCAAGAAAACGACGAUAGAAAAUACGAUGAUCCAGAAAACACUGGUGAUGAUAAUUUCAUGCAAAGGUCGCAGCGACAUGCUCCUGUUGGAAUAAGUGGUAUCGAUCACUCAAGUUCUCAUGAUUCACGAUCACAUAGAGGCCGACGAUCCAUUCCAUAUAUAAAUACCGUUAAAAUGUUCAGACCCCAGACCAGCAUGGUUCAAAACAACACAUUGGACGAAGAUUUGAUAAUGCAUCAAUUAUAUGACGAUUACAUGCAAAUGUUCGAUUCAUUUAAUUAUUCACCCGAAGAAAGUAGUGUAUUCUCUGACCAACCAAAUACUCUCUCAAACACUAAUAUGCAAUUUCCAGAAUCAGUUAAAUCCUCUAACAGGUUUGAUUAUAAAGACACUACUACAACCGGCCCACAGAAUAUUCUUGAUCCACUUCGACAAAUAAAAGACCUGAAUACCCAAAAUGAUGAUUAUAAAGACACAACUAAAACCGGUCCACAGAAUUACCUAAAAGAUUUGAACAAAAAUUCAUUUAACUGGAAUAUCAUUCUUGAUCAACUUCGACAAAUAAAAGACCUGGGUAACCAACAUGAUGAUUAUAAACACACUACUACAGCGGGUCCACAGAAUUACCCUAAAGAUUUGAACAAAAGUUCAUAUGAAUGGAACAUCAUUCUUGAUCACCUUCGAAAAAUAAAAGAACUGAAUAACCAAUUUGAUUAUUAUAAACACACUACUACAACCAAUCCACAGAAUUACCCAAAAGAUUUGAACAAAAAUUCAUUUAACUGGAAUAUCAUUCUUGAUCAACUUCGACAAAUAAAUGACCUGGGUAACCAACAAGAUGAGGGCAAAAAAGAAACGAACAAUGAAAAAAAGAGAUGUUUUUGUUAUACAGAUUUCGAUGCUUUUACAUCAAAAAAUGAUAAAGACAAAAUGGAACUUUUUAAUAAAGUAAAUAAAUAUUCAUCAACACAAAAAUACCCUGAGAAUUUGAAAGAUAAAUCAAAUUAUCCAUUUGAUGCAUUUGAACUCCGAAAGAAAAGGGAGUUGAGUGACCAAGAUGUCAAAGAAGACACAAAGCAUCAACAAAAGAUAAAAUACCACGAUAGAGAUUUUGAACCUUAUACACCAGGUGAUAUGGAUAUACCGAAAAUAUUAGACGAGAAGUAUACAUUUUCAACUAAUAAGAAAACAACGAAUUUGAAGAAAAAAUUUUAUCAGUUCGAUUAUGUACAGCGAAAAAAAAGGGAUGUGAAACACUUACUUAAUUAUGGUGAAAAAGAAAUUUACAAUAAAAAAAAGAACUGCUAUUGUUAUAGUGAUAGUGAAGGUUUUUUACCAAAAAAUGGUACAUUUAUAAAGCAAGUAAUUCGCGAGUUGAUUAAAUAUCUACCAAGAACUAAAACACAUAUUAAGGAACUAAAAGAUAAAUCUAAUCAUUCAUUUAACUUAUUAGAACUUCGAAAGAAAAGGGAGUUGGGUGAUCAAGAUGGUCAUGACACGGAAAACAUAAAUAAUCGAAAAAAAAAAAUGUGUGUGGUUAGACGCGACAACAACAACAACGGAGCGGUACAGAGAUUUACACUUUGAAUACCCCUACAAGGGGGAACCAUU